AUGCUUUUCACUCUGGAGGCAGCUUUCACCCUUUUCCAGAUUACAAUCUCCGGAGCAGUUAUUGACACAUUCAACAACCAAGAACCCCUCAUCCAGCCAUACAAUGCCCUGAACUGCCCAAUAGACAUCCCGCUCUCCUGCUCGAACAAAACUGAGGUUGAGAACAGCUGUUGCUUCGAAUAUCCAAGUGGUAUUUUCUUACAGGCACAAUUCUGGGACGCAAGGCCGUCAGUGGGCCCAAAGGACAUGUUCACAAUGCACGGAGUGUGGCCAGACCGCUGUGAUGGGUCGUACGACCAGUUCUGCAAGCUUUUCAGCCCAAUUAAGAGUGCGAGGGCGAUCUUGGAGCAGUUUGGCGAAAAUCAGCUUUUAGACGAGAUGGACCGUGUUUGGAAGAAUAUACGGGGAAACGACGACUAUCUCUGGGUUCACGAGUUCAACAAGCAUGGAACCUGCAUGAAUACACUCAAGCCAAGCUGCUAUGACCAGGAAAACUACCGGGAAAACCAGAAUGUGGUGGAUUUCUACAAAAGAAGCAUGCAGCUCUUCAAGACCUUACCAACGUAUCAAUGGUUGGCCCAGUCGGGAAUUGUGCCCUCCAACUCGAAGCUCUAUACCAGGGAGGAGAUCGAAUCGAGUCUCGAGGAGCAUUUUGGACAUCCUGUGUUCGUUAGUUGCCGUGGAAAUAUGCUUCAAGAGGUUUGGUAUUUUUACAAGUUGCACGGCUCGAUUGUGGCCGGCGAUUUUGUUCCUAUAGACACGGUAAGGGCCUCCAGAUGCCCUUCUAAGGGUGUGAGAUAUCUUCCUAAAUGA